AUGACUCCGGAACGAAAAUUCGCCAUUCCAAAGGGCUCAACGGUCCUGGUGACGGGUGCGAACGGCUUCAUCGGCUCCCACGUCUGCAAUGAGCUGCUGCAGCUGGGGUUCAACGUCCGCGGAACGGUUCGCGACGUGUCGAAAAGCGCAUGGCUAUCAGAGGCACUGAAGCGACAGAAACCAAAGGGCGACUUCAUGUUGGUUUCACUGCCGGACAUGGAGAAGGAGGGCGCUUUUGACCCUGCUGUUGAAGGCGUGUCUGCUGUGAUCCAUGCCGCCUCCCCAGUGUCUUUCAGCCCAAACCCCGAGAGCGUCAUUCCAAGGAGUAUCACUGUGGCUCUGAAUGCGCUCAAGGCCGCCAAUAAAGCGACGAGUGUGAAGCGGUUCAUUUUCACAAGUUCUUCUGUUGCUGCAGCUCUCCCUCAGCCUGAGAAGAAGGGUAUUGAGGUGACUUCCGACAGUUGGAACACUGAGUCGGUGGAGAUAGCAUGGAGGGAGGCUCCGUACCACCCCCAGCGAGCGUGGCAUAUUCAUGCCGCAAGUAAGGUGGAAGCUGAGAUGGCAGUGUGGAAGUUUUAUCACGAGAACAUCAGGCGACGUUAUGACUUGAUAGCUAAUGACAUGUUAGUGCUUCCCGGAACCAACUUUGGAAGAGCCCUGGAUGCGACCAAUCAGGGUCAUUCGUCAACUUCAUCCUUUAUCGAAAGUCUAUGGAACGGAACGCACAUGGACCGCCUAGCAAGUAUUCCGCCACAGUAUUUCGUCGACGUAGAAGACAACGCUCGACUUCACGUUGCUGCUGCGGUGCUCCCCAACGUUCGCAGUGAGAGAAUCUUUGCUUGGGCUGAGCCCUUCAACUUUGACACCGUGCUUGACAUUUUGCGCACGCACUUCCCGGAGAAGAAUUUCGUGGACAACUUUCACCAUUACCGCGAGCUUUCUGUUGUUUCGCAACCCCAAUCGCGGGCGGUUGAGCUGCUGAGGCAACUCGGAAGAGAAGGCUUUGUUCCUUUGAAGCAGAGCGUACUCCUCAACGUUGAGGAUUUAUCAUGA